UUAGCAACGAACAAAGAUCCAGAAAAAGAAGAGAAGCCGAAAGGAACGAAAUUGCAUAUGUGGUGGCUUAAAAAUAGGGAACCCUAGACAUGGCAUGUCAUUCUGGUACUGUGAGUAUGUUCAGGAGGCCCUGCGGCUUUCAAUUUGCAAUCUCGAGAAGACACAGCCGGUCAGAAAGAAUCAAGCAAACCGCUGGACCAGUGAUGAUCAUCACCGUUGAGGGGUCUGUGAAAACAGCGCCCGAAAAAAUAGAGCAGGACGCUGUGAAAGUGCAUGUUUUUGACAUCUCUGUCACUUCUGUUGCACUGGAACGCUCAGAAGAACGUCAGGAAACUCUACGAACAACUCUAAGAAACCGUUGGUAUUGAAGCAGACACAUGAGAGCGACGAACAAGUACAGGGAGCACAAUGAGAGCAUACAUAUAAGAGCGGACGGAGCGCUACUCCUGAGAAUGCACGAAUAUAUAAUAAAGUGCUGUGGGAACGUGGUCCUUUAAACCAACAAUAUGAGUCUCAGUCAAUUUUUUCAAUUGGAACAUCAUUGGCAUAUCCCAAAGCACAGGGUCUGCAGUUUUCUGUGCGAGGUUUUCAAUGAUGUAUACAUUUGUACGUGUCGCGUCCGCAGGGAUAGAUUAGCAGACCCUUCGCACCCGUUGGUCGACAAUUGAUUGUCUCUGUCGUAUCCAGAUGUUGGCUGUUGCGAGGGGACUGCUUUGCCGAUGGAUACUGGUGCCGUAUAACUUUUUGGCUUGGAGCAUUGAGCAUACCGAUAGUGAGUGGCCUUUGAAACUUCUCAGCUUCAUGGCACCUCAGCGCCGGAUUCAACGAUCUUUAUCCGAGAGGUGCCCUCAAUCUACCUGAAGCUACAAUUACAUAUCCCCUUCCUUACUCCUUGAGCAUUCUUUUGGUGGCCAAUCUGAUCAUGCAUGUUACGUUUAGGUUGGACAACUAUUGCUUUGCCAGCAGUUUCGCUGCCGGUUUGGAGCUUGAGGUUGCUGCAAAGGGACAUAAACAGCAUUGGCAUGAGCUGUACUGACCAGUAGACGCAGUGCUUUGGUUCCGCAGGAUGACAGCUUCGAUGAGUCAUACGUGCCAGAGUAUGCUGUCCUUUUAAGUCAAAGCAGGAUUGAGGCGGAGAAGGCGGAGAAGGGUGCAUGCCCCCCGUGGGAAUCAACGGAGUCUUCAUCUUUUUGGGUAUCUGUUGCAAAUGUUACAAAGUCCCUGGUUGGAAUUGGCAUGCUGACACUGCCACGAGCUGUGGCCGAAGCUGCCUCUCCAUCCAUAGCAAUGCUUGGCUUAAUGCUUUGUGGAGCGCUAUGCGCCACCUCCUUCUUUUUCCUCGGGUAUUGCGCACACUUGACCAACACGGAAACGCUCCCUCGGCUGUGGGGAAAAACAGUCGGACCCGGAAGCGUUUUUUUCGUGGAGGUCGUUGUGCUGGUAGACACCGGGCUCAGCUGCGUUGCAUUUGCUUUACUAAUUGGCGACUAUAUGGCGAAAAGUGUAAAUGGUUUGUGUCCAUCUCUGCCAGACGAGCUGAAGUCGCGACGGAUGCUGGUGGCCGCGGUCACGAUUUUUGCGCUCAUACCAUUGUGCCUGAAGCGACGAUUUUCACUUCUGCGAGUAUCUUCAAUCGCUGGACUUGUUUGCACAUUGUAUGUUUUUUUGUAUGUGACGUUGGACGCGUUGUCCUACAUUGUGACGGAGGGUGAUCCGAUUGCCUCUCAGUGGCCAGAUGUCUUUGGAUUCCUCCGUAGCUUUGGCAUCUAUUCUUGUGCGUUCAUGGCUCACUUCAACGCACCCGCGUUCUAUGCCGACCUUGAAGGCAAAAGUCCGGUAGUGUUUGCACAAGUUUGCGGAGCUGCUUACAUUUUGGCCUUCCUAAUCUAUGCAGCGUGCCUC